AGUUAGAUUUCGAUCGUCACACAAAACGGAGUUAUAAAAAAUCUACUAAUGGCAAGUUCUCAAGAUAUUAACGAUAUUCGUCGGCACAAUAUUCCAGUGGUUUAUGCUCGUGGUAAUCAUUAUGAUGUUGGAUUUGAUGUUGGUCGAACAUUUUCUGCUAUGAUUAAAGAUUUUGUCUCAAAAUCUGCAUUAUUAAAUUCUUCAUAUCUCCCAAUCUACAAUACCCCACAAGGCAAAAAAGUUUAUAAUGAAACCCUCGAAGUUGUGACCAAAUCAUUUCCACAAUAUCUUCGUGAACUUCAAGGAGUUGCUGAUGGAGCUGGUGUUGAAUUCUACAAGUUGUUUCUUUUUCAUCUCGACGAAAUCUUGCCAAAUGUAGCAAAACAGCGAAGUUCGGGUAUAGAACCAACUGGUUGUUCGACAGUUUAUGUGAAUGGAGAUAAGGAGGAAAUUCUUGGACAUACCGAAGAUGCAUCUCGAGAUAGUUUAAAUGCUUUUUAUCUUGUAUCAGCGCAUAUAAUUUCUCAAGAACCUGAAGGAAAAUAUGGAGUAAAAGUAGAAAAAUUCACAUCUUUAUGUUAUGCUGGUCAUCUACCUGGAUAUACAAUGAGUUAUAAUCAUCAUGGUUUAAUAUUGACUAUCAAUACUUUGGUCGCACGAACACUCAACGGCAAAAAGACUCCAAGGCAUUUUAUCACUCGAGCGUUGCUUGCUGCUGAAAAUUAUGAUGAAGCAAUUAAAAUAUUGAAAGAUUUCGGCGUUGGUGCUGCUGAUGGUUGUUCACUAAAUUUAACAUUUCUCAAUGGAUUUGAUGAAAGGAAAUUUUACAAUAUUGAACUUGGACCGGCACUUCCAUCCAGUGAUGAAUCGCUAUUAGAUAUUCAAGCUUUCGGAACUGGAGAAUGUUCAAUUCAUUGCAACAAUUAUCUUCGUUUGAAGGUACUUGAAUGUGUCGAUCCAUAUAUGAACUCAACGAAAGAAAGAUAUCAAACAUUGAUAAAAUUCUCAGAGCCACGUUCACUUAAAGGCAUCAUUCAAAUGCUUGGUGAUCAAACAGGCGAGAAUUGGAUUUUUCGCGAUCGUCCAGGCCCAGUAAACAAAACAAUUUGUGUUGGAAUUUUUGACUUAAAAAGAAGAACUUGGAGUUUGUACAAAGAUAAUCCGAAAACAAAUGAACCUUUGUUGAUUUUACAUUUGGAAUUAAAAAACCAAAAAUAG